AUGGACAGUGAACCAGUCAGAGAUGACAUUCGGGUCAAGAACAGCUUUUCUAAACCUCACUGUUGCUGUAAGAAAGAGCGUAAAUCGGAUUGUGGCGAGUGGCAGUGGAGCGUGUGUGUGGCUAACGAGGGUGACUGCGGCCUGGGCACCAGAGAGGGCACACGCACCGGCAACGACUGUAAACAGACCAUCAAAACCCAGCGCUGCAAAAUCCCCUGCAACUGGAAAAAGCAGUUUGGAGGUGAGUGUAAGUAUGAUUUUCAGGUGUGGGGAGAGUGUGACUCGACCACGGGAAUGAAGACGCGCACCGGCAUGCUGAAGCGAGCGCUGAUGGACGCUAACUGCCCGAACACCGUCAGCGCCACCAAACCCUGCGGCAAACCCAAGCCCAAGAUACAAGGUACAAGAAUAUACUCAUAA